AUGGUAAAAAUAAAAAACAAAACAAAUUCUCUGUACUUUAUAUCUCAGAACUUGUCACAACUGGCUCAUCUGUUCACGCUCAGAAAGUAUCUUACAAAUAUGCUUGCCAAUUUUGAUGGAAACUAUCUUACAAAUAUGCAUGCCAAGUUUGAUGGAGAGUAUCUUACAAAUAUGCAUGCCAAGUUUGAUGGAGAGUAUCUUACAAAUAUGCCUGCCAGAUGUUGGAGGAUGUUAGGCAGCAUGAACGUGGGACAGACAAUCUACGCAAUGUACAUGCAGUUGUGCUGUGGAAGCAAGGAAGGGAAAGCGUGGAAGAUGUUUACAUGCAACUCACGGACUUGUGUUCGUUAG